AUGGUUGACUCCUUUGUGAGACAGCAACAAGAAUUGGAAGAACAGCAAAGACAGGCUGAAGAGAGGAGGCAGGCGGAACUUCUUGAGCAACAGAUGCUCCAGAGGGACCAAGCGCGUUUCUGGGAGGAACAGCAAAGGCAACAAGCAGUGUCUCAAGAGCUCGCUCAGAGUCAGUUAUUGGCUGACCAAAUGCAACGGCAAGCUCAAGGGAAGCUGGCUGAGUUGGAACAAGAUUUGUUGACGCUAGGGGGCCAGCAUGAGAGAGACCAAUUGAUGCUGGAGCAAUACGAUCAGAGAGUAAAAGUUCUGGAAAACGAGUUGAGGAUCAUGACCCAAACAGCCGAAGAACAGUUAGCAGUUAAGAACUCGCAGUGCUCUCAUUUGGAGGAACAGGUUCAGUACUGGAAAAAUAAAUAUGAAUCACUGGCCAAAUUGUAUUCCCAACUCAGACAAGAGCAUUUGAAUCUUUUGGGAAAGUUUAAGAUCGUGCAACAAAAGGCUGCAUCAGCUCAAGAAGCUAUAGAAAAACGAGAGAAAUUGGAGAAAGAUUUGAAAGCGAAAAACAUCGAAUUGGCAGACUUGAUUAAGGAAAGAGAUCGUGCAAGACUUGAUCUGGCUAGGACAAAAGGAUAUGAUUCCGAGCAAGUUCAACUGCUCAAGACACAGCUGAGGGAGAUGGAGUCGAAACUAAAGUCAGUCGAAGAAACACAUUCCCGGAA